GAAGUUUAUCAACGCAGAGACAUCGUCCGAGAAACGCCUCUCUCCAGCUCCAGACCCUAUAAAGGUUAGACGUCGCAGUCGAAACCUCCAACCCUCAGGACUCGACCAGGGCCAUCGAAGAUCCCGCCGUCUCUAGGAGAAAUAUCUCUCUACGAGGGAAAUGUCCCAAUCCCCAGAUCAGCCAGUGGGAGAAAAACGCCAGCCACUCCUCAAAGCCGAUCCAAUCGAGGUGAUGGUUAUACUCGCGGAGAAGGUGGCAGAACAUCAGCAACUCCAUGAGGCCGGCGCUGUGGAGAUGCGAACGAAGACCGAGGAGACAGAUGGGCAAACUUGCGAGGCUUAUCGGCAGCAGCAUGUCGAGACCGUCGAAUCCGUGACAGACCCAUCCGGUGAAUGGCAAGAUGUCGAGAUGAGGAUGAAACACGGCUGGCGCAAACUUGACCACGUCGUCAGUGGCUUCGCCACAGUCGGACUCUCCGGGCAAACUGUCUCCUGGGGGAGCCUUGACCCGGGCACGCAGAAAGAGCUCAACGGUUGGACCCCUAGGGCGAAAGAGUACCUCGAGAACGGCAUGCAGUCAAGCUUCUUCUUCGCUGCGCGCCUCUGGCAUACCCUGGACGAGAAGUUGUUUGCCCUCAGCCCCUCGAAGAAGUGGCCGAACGGGCCUUGGGCGCAAUAUGGCGAGUUUAGGGACCUCUUCAAAGAAGCAGACGAGCCUUGGAAGCGAGGUAGGCUUCCAAAGACGUAUCACGUUUGGAAAGUUUUAUCGGCGCACCUUCUCUCCAAAAUCACCGGCCCGAGCCCUGAGAUGGAUGUUAGCGUCCUGACAUCACCACUUGCUUCGAAUAGCCGAGCAUGCGAUAGAACUCGACCAGCUAAGGGAGUUUUCUACUUGCAAAUUUUGGAUCGCUUGGCGACCGGCCUUGGCCGUCGGCGGCGGCGGCGACGACGACGACGACGACGAAGGGCGCUUGUGGGGCUUCCCAGCAUCCACGAAAAUCACAGGCAAUGGACCAUCCAUGGAACUCUGGUCGGUAGGGUUCCUCGGCAAUAUCGAGGAGCAGAAGGUCCAGAUUGUCGUGGCUCCCUCCCUGGUCAUCGACAUCAACCCCCUCUGGCCUGCCGACUCACUUAUACCAUUGUCCCAUGCGCAUCGUGGUUGACCGUCCCCAGAAGAAGCAGGAACACGAGCAGGAGCAGGAGCACAAGCAGAAGGAGCACAAGCAAGAACAGCCCCACCGCAACGUCAAUACCAAGGAUGGCAAAAAGAAGAAUGGCGGCGUCGUCAAGCGCAGGGCAUCAUCCGUGUAGCCAGCAGGGACAUGGCUACUCGCCAGGAUCUUGGUUACUUUUUUUCUUCUCUUCUCCCUUCUCUUCAGACAUUGGUAGCUUAGUUAUAAUUGGCCAACUUACCUCACUUCUCCCUUCCUCCACUCAUUUCUCUUUUCCUUCUCUUACUGCUCAUUCUUCCCCUUGCUUCUCUUUCCCAUUUUUAUUUUCCGUUUCCCCCUCCUAGGCACGCCCUGUCUUUCUCUCCUUCUCUCUCUCCUUCUCUCUCUCCUUCUCUCUCUUUCCUUUCAACAACUCAUUCCUUCCAUUUUCAUGUUCCGUCUCUUCUUGUCGUCGGGCCAAUUUGGUUCCGGAUUUUUAGGCCUGUCACGGGAGAAGGCCUUCCCAGACUCUGUCAUUAUAGGGAACAAUUACGCGUUUGCCAUCCUCUAAUACAA